AUGGCGGCAACCCCUUCUCUGGACAGCUCUAUUCACCUUCCUGUGACCAGCGUAGAAACCAAGCACGAGAUUCUACGCCAUCUCUGGGACUUUGAUGUGUGCCCAUCACAUUUUUACGAUAUCUACCACGACUACGACGCUUAUUUUUCCUAUUACACCGAGCAAUGCAGCGAUGCUCUUCACGAUGGAGGAAGACAUGUCUCUGUUAGGACACACAAUGACAUAGUACAGAUAGCACAGCAUCUCAAGAACUCUGUGAACCGCAAUUCUGUCCGCCAAAUUCUCGGUUACGAGUUACCAUUGCCGAAACCUGCGAACGAAGAUGAGCUUCUGGAUGGAUCCAUUGAUCUUGUUGCAAGGUUGCUACUGAUGGUCGAGUUUGGGUGUCUCCAAUAUGGAUUUACAGGUCGAAGGCAAGUGGGCUGGGUAGAAGGCUCGUUAGGGGAGUGCAUGACCAAAUAUUUUGGCGCCCCUCAGAUAUUGGAGCAGGAGACGGUGAGGUUCGAAAAAGUAUUCAAUGCGAGGAAUUUGGGACAAAUUGCGGGAAUUAAGAUUCGAUGGACGAAUAAUCUGGCCGAUCACCUACGUUUAGUUGAUGAUGUCUCAAUUGAUGCUAACUUCAGCAGCAAUCUGUUCCCUGUUGGACUGGUUGAUGAAACUUUACGAACUCUUGCACUUCUCUUCCCAGGAACAGACAAAACCACCAAGAAAUGGUUUAAGAAGCUUUCCACCUCGAAGAAACUCGACACCAAAGCCGUCAAAUGCGGACGUCUUAGGGCAGAAGACCGUUAUAUUGAGAAUUUCGAAUUCUGGCAUGAUCGUCUCAUAGUACUGAAGCAACUUUUCGAUGAAGCCGAACCAGAUACCUUCCCCCGAUGGUGGUAUGACAGGCGGAGGAGGGUGCAGUGGUACACGUUCUGGAUUGCGGCUCUGGUCCUCGUGCUUACUAUUUUCUUCGGCAUUGUGCAAUCUAUUGAGGGAGGAUUACAAGUUUACAAGGCGUAUAACCCAUCGUAA